AAUUUUUUCCUAUUUUUUCUCCUUUAACGACACGUUUUCUCUCACAUUCUGCAGAAUUAACUCAAAAUCACUUUUCUUAAGUGCUAACGCCCAUUGUAUUUCUCCUAGUUACAAUUUACAAAUCAACUAAUACAAGUAUUAUUCUCCCUCAUCACAAAAAAUAUUACACAAAAUUAAAUUUAUUUUCUCUAAAUUUUCUUCUUCUCCAAGGAAAUAAAAACAAACUAGUAGUAGAACAAUAGUUAGCACCCCCAAAAAAAAGAGGAAAGAAACCCUACCCCAUCAAACCCCAUCCCCUCUUUGUCCUUAGCCCCCCUCCUAUCCCAUUCCUUCAAUCUUGCUCUUCUCUCUCUCUCUCUCUCCUCAAAACUCAAAAGUUAACCCACAAAAACCCACCAUCAAUUUACCACCAUUAAUACUCACCAUGAAGCUCAACAAAAGCAAAAACAAAGGCAAAGUUCACCCUUCUCCUUCUUCCUCCUCUUCUUCUGCAACUAUCAAUGUCGAUGACCCAAUUUCUUCACUCAAUCAUCUCCUUCCAACUGCGAUUCUUACUCUCAUCUCCAUUCUCUCUCUUCAAGACCGUGAAGCUCUCGCUUACAUGAUUACUCAUUCCCUCAAAUCUUCUACUCUUAACUACUGUUCUUACUCAAAUUUUGACCAAAAAAGCAAGAAAAAAUCCAACAAAAAAUCAUUUUCUACAUUAAUACCCACAACUACAAAUCAUUCAUCUCCCUGCUUCGAUUGUUGUUGUUUUGAUUGUUUCUCCCAUUUUUGGAAUCGCUGGGAUUCUUCCACUCAUAGUGAGCUUAUUCAUCAAGCCAUUGAAGCCUUCGAAGAGCACCUUGCCUCAACGGAGAAGACGAAAACGACGUCGUCAAAGAAGAAGAAAGACAACAACAAUGGAAGAAGUAGCAGUAGAAAGAAGGAGAAAACGGUGAGUGCUGACGUGGAGGAGAGAGAAUCUUGUGGGUCAUCUACUUCUCUAACGCCGGAGAUUCUUCCUCCAGUUUUUGAUGAUGAAGAAGAAAGUAGUAAAAAUGAAGUGAAAGAAGAAGUUGGGUCGCCGGAGAUUCUGGUGAGUGCUGACGUGGAGGAGAGAGAAAAUGAGGAACAUCCAGUUUCCGGUGAAGAAAGUGGGGCCCAGAAAGAGUUGCAGCAACACGAGCAGCAGCAGCACAAAGGGUUGGCGAGGAAGGUACUUCCGGACGUCAUUGGGUUAUUUCAUUCUCGUUUUUGGAAGAAUCUUUGGGGUCCGAAUGUGUGAUAAAAGGAAAAAGAAAAAUACAAAGUAUUAAAAAUUUUUAAAAAAAAAUGAAAAAUGGAAAAGCUUAGUCAAAAUUACUCCUUCAACCUCUCUAUUUUUUUUUGUUUGAAUUAAUUUUCUUAAUCUUUAAGAGAAGGGUUAUUAAGGAAGUGACUAAAGUGUUGUUAUUGGGGUGAUAUAUGAUAUAGUAGCUGUUAAUGUCAAUUAAAUGUUGGUAGUUAAAAUGGUCGGAUGUAUACUUUAUAUGCAUUUGAAUAGUAGUAAAAUUAGUCAUUUUUGUUGGUAAGUA